CCAACCUCGGUUUUCAAAGGCUCAAACCCUCGCUGCAAUUACCAAACCAGAAACGAAACCAUUUACGCAAAACAUUACCCAAAUGAGACCACCGUUCGGCUACAUCCCACGUCUAUACGCGCCUCUCCGACUCUCAACCCGCCAAUCAUUCGGACCAUCACCCGCGCUGACCGCCGCCGCCAUCGCCACCGCGACAGCGUCGACGAGGAGGUUGACGUUCAAAAGCAGGAUGAGCACAUCAUCGGGCCCUCAGUCUACGACAAUGUGGUCGGCUGCAGGAAAAGGUGAGGGUGAAGAAGAGAGGAACCUGAACGGCGGCGGUGGUACCGGUAGCCACCGAGAGCACCACCCCACGGAAAGCACGUCACCGGCCCCUAAAAAAACGACAUCAAACGCCCCCGCGGAGGCCAGUCCCAACACCAGUGGCGCCGACUCUAGCCAGCGCCAGCCUCACUCCCAGGGCGACGAUCAGGGCCUCGCUGGUGCUCAGCGGCGGGAUGGACCCCUGGCUUUGCCGCCGCUGCCCGAGGGCUACGAGACGUCUUUUACUGCUGGCGGGAACUCCGCGGGAGGAGGAGUGGGAGGAGGAGACAACAACAAGGGCGUCAGCAGCAGCAGCAGCAGCAGCGGAAGCAACACCAUCACGCUCGACAUGAGCGGCGGCGACGCCUCGACCAAGCUGGACCACCUCGGCCCCCUGGUCGUCAACCAGGACGGCACCAUGUCGCGAAUCAGCAACUGGGGCGAGAUGACGGAAAUUGAGAGGCGCAACACGGUGAGGAUCUUGGGUAAGAGGAACCAGCUUCGACUUGCUACGCUCAGGGGGGAGAAGGAGAAGAACGGGGCCGAGGCUGGAAAGUGAGGAUUGAGAAGAGAGACAGAAAAAAAAACUCACCUUAGAGACACUCCCCCCUUUCUUCCUGUCUCUUCUUCACCCACGACUGUCGCGAAGUACCUCUCGGUGAGACUCAUCUCAUUCGGAGAGACUCGUGAGAAGAGCCUGGAAAGAGUUUGUCAAAGAUAUUGUAUGAUUAAGUGGAUGUGCUAUGGUAGUUCCCAAUAGCAAGAGGAUCCCCAUGUCUCCCCCGAC